AUGCAUGAGGAAGACCUUUUGACUCAGACUGAGGCACUAGGGGAGGCAAUGAGAUCGUAUAGAGCUUUUCGUCUUCCGGGUAUUGACAUGCUUCAGGACAAACACGAGUACCACACUGCUAAGUAG